AUGGUUGUUAAUGUUUAUGCCACCUCUGCCACCACAGACAAUUUGUCUCGAAACGAACUGUUGGCCUGGGUGAACGAUUGUUUACAGUCUAACUUCACCAAGAUUGAGCAGCUACACACGGGCGCAGGAUAUUGUUUAUUCACCGACUUCUUAUUCCCUGAUGCUUUGCCUCUGAAGCGCGUCAAAUGGAACAGCCGGCUCGAGCUGGAUUGGCUGGCCAACUGGAAGCUAGUCCAAGUCAGUUGGAAGCAGCUCAAUGUGGACAAGGUGGUGCCGGUCGAAAAACUGAUCAAAGGCAAGUUCCAGGUAGGUAUUUUCAAAUUUAUUUGAGGUAACGUCACAGAUGUUACUGAUUUAAAAUUCUGUGUUAUGUUAGCGAUGUGGGAAUAAACUUGAAAAGUACAUUCUUUGCAAAUAUUGAUAAUAUAAUCUGUUGUUUUGAAGAUGUGAACUUUCAGGACAACUUCGAAUUUCUUCAAUGGUUCAAAAAGUUCUUUGAUGCCAACUACGAUGGCAGGGAGUACGAUCCAAUUGCCGCCAGAAACGGAGAAAACCUGCCAGCCGGCUCCGAAGGUACGGCUAGCUCACGAAUGCCUUUAAAGUCAACCACAACGAACAGACAAACGGGAGGAUCCACAGCUUCUGUCAACAGUAAUUCAGGUACAAAGGCUUCGACUAUUAGACACGUUACCUCAGCUACACGAGCACCUGCCACAAAAACUCCAAGUAAAAUUGGAAGCGCUGGUCACAGAGCACCUCUAUCAAGUACAGUCAAAGAGAACGGCGUUAGUCGGCAGGUAAGUAACUUUCUGGUAAUAAAAAUGAAAAAACUCAUUAGGACAUCAGUUUAUGUCAUAAGGAAGUUACCAAAAUAAUCUGCACGAUGCGCUCCGCCGGUCUUGAAUAACGCACCGUGCAGUGAAAGCAGGAAAUUUGUGGCACAGUCAAGUAUAAAUAAUUUAAUUGAAAAACAAGUUUGUUGUUUUAGGAGUACGAGGACGUGAAAGUCAAGUACGAGGAAGCGGUGCAUCAGAUCAGGGAGUCGGACGACGUCAUCGCGGGCAUCGAGAAGGAGCGCGACUUCUACUUCACCAAGCUCCGCAAAAUCGAGAUCCUGUGUCAGGACAACGAAGCCGAGGUGAAGAUCGCGGUGGACAAGAUCUUCGAAAUAUUGUACGAGACGGAGGACGGGUUCGCCCCGCCCGAGGAGGAUGAGGAGGCGGCCGAAGGAAACUCUUGA